CCCCGCCACACAAGUCCAAUCGACCUCUGCGAAGAGCGCAUACAAACCACAACCCACCGAAAGACUACGACACAAACACAAUGUCCACACCCACACCCACAACCCUACGCAGCCUCUACCGCUCCCUCCUCCGCGAACUCCCACCCCGAACCUCCGCAACCCCCUCCCCACUCUCCACCCACCUCCGCCAAACCUUCGCCUCUACACCCGCCACAACGCCCCUCUCCCCCAUCACCCAAGCCUCCCUCUCCGACUCCCAAUCCACCUCUUCCCAAAUCGCCUCAUCCUCCGGUCUCGACGGCAUCGGCGCUACAAAAACGCUUCGGCAAAAAGUGGACGAGGCGGAGCAGUUGGCUAUCUAUUUGAAGGCGCAGAGGAUGUAUGUCACUCUUGUGGAAAGGUAUAAUCCGGGGAUGAAUAUGAAUGAGGAGGAGAGGGUUAGGUUGACGGCGAGGAGGGUGGGUAUGGAUUUGCCUGUCGAUUAUGUCAAGGGGGAGUAAUAAAUAAGAGGGGUUUGGGGGUUUGCUGCUGCCUAUACGAACAAGGAUUGGUGAAUGGGGGUGGGAGAGGCAUGGAGAAGAUUGAGACAACGAUUGGAAGGGAGCCACAACAGUAAUCUCUGGCAUGGCGACAUGGCUGUGUUUGGAAUUGCUCGAGGAUAUCUUCCAUUUGCAUUUCUUCUGAGCAGACCAGGGUUACCCUCUCGGCACCUUUGGCAGAGACAGAGACAGCUCCAACAACCACACCACUUCUCCUACAUACUUCAAAUCAUCGGAAGACAUGGAAGAGAGUAUGAUAUUUCAUCGACCCGAAUUGCGGUCAAUUUAG